CAAACAAAAAGCGCCUUUCUGCCCGCCUUGCCCUUGAUACGGCCCCCUAGAUCCCAUUGCAGCCGUAGGUGCAAAUGGCCUUCUUCCUGUUAUUGCUUCUAGUGGCAUUGGCACACAAUGUGUCAGGACAGUCGCUCGCAUACUUUCGGUCGGCAAAGUACGGUUUUGGCACAAACCCAUUUCAAUCUAUUCGCUCAAUGGGCCUUGAAAACAAUGCCUUGCUCUGCUUGGGACCGGCUAACCCUAGCAAAAUCACGGGAGCAACAUCAGUGCAAAACAACCAAGUCUGGGCCAUUCAAACAAACGUUAGCUCGUCAUGGACAUGGGCAUGGUCAUCUCCAGACACAAAUGAUCAAGGAGCUUCAAAUACCGUCUACACUGCGUUGGCCGUGAAACAUCACCAACUCCAGACUCCUCAAAACCUCCUCUUUCUGGCGGACCGGUCUACGUCGUCCGUCACCGUUUUACCUUACGGGUACUUGAGUCCUCGGGAAACACCGGACGCAUCUCGCCCGCCACGUCAAGUCAAACUAGCGAACGGUACUGGCGAGGUAACGGCUUUGAGUGCCCUUGAUGCAUAUGGCGGAUUGUACGCAGCAUCAGGGACCAAGCUGUGGUGGGUACCGGUGGUGACACCUCUGACGGCGGAUCCGCCUAGCGCUGGGAAUACCAAUUCUAGCAUGGUCGGGGAGCUCCGGGGUACUGUUCAGGCGAUGUGGUUGAUGCAAAAUUCACAAACCCUCUUUGUCGCAGAGUGGUUUAACAGCUCCAACAAUAUAUGGAGAUAUGAUCUUCGGGGCACGCGGAACCUCACGUCCUCCCAGGGACAAGUACUCAUACGCAUCAACUCGACCGCCUAUCCUAAUCCGCCGCAAGACCAUCCCGUGGUCUCUUCCGUGAUUCCACACCCCAAAACUGGUGACAUUUACGUGGGCUUGUACGGGGCAGGCGGCGUGCUCAUCUAUGACACAACGGGAGUCCUCAAGGGUCAGAUCACUACGACCUUUGUGAAUGUCUUCACAAUGGAGAUGGAUGAAGAUGGAUCGUUCUUGUAUAUUGCCGGAGAUGAUGGGGCGGGGAGUGGGCGGUUGGAUUUUUUGGAUUUAGGUCAAACAGGGUUAGCUAGUCGAGGUGUAACGGCGUUGGCUUCAGGGGCAGCUGGCACUGGAGUACCCAAAGCGCUGGUAGCGUUUUCGGCGAUGCUCGCAGCGCUGACAUGGUUCAUCUAGCCCCCCAUCAAUUGUUAUUUAAACCUUCAUGUAUUUACAUAUUGUAUUUAAGUCGUCAGUAAAUAGUGGCAUUAUAGUACAUAAUACAAAACCAAGUGAAAGCUA